CAGGCGCGGGGGCCGGGGCCGGUGGCGGGGCGGGCCCGCGGGGGCCGGGCGCGAGCAGAGCCCGGCGGAGCCUCCAGCCCCGCGCCCGCCGCCGCCAUGAAGAUCUGGACCUCGGAGCACGUUUUCGAUCACCCUUGGGAAACAGUAACAACGGCUGCCAUGCAGAAAUACCCAAAUCCCAUGAACCCCAGCGUGGUUGGAGUUGAUGUCCUGGACAGGCACGUAGAUUCCAGUGGGAAGCUGCACAGCCACCGGCUCCUCAGUACGGAAUGGGGAAUUCCCUCCAUUGUGAAAUCGCUCAUUGGCACGUGUAGAACAAAGACGUAUGUUCAGGAGCACUCUAUAGUUGACCCAGUGAGAAAAACAAUGGAGCUUAAGUCCAGCAAUAUUUCAUUUACAAACCUAGUGUCAGUAGAUGAGAGGCUUGUCUAUAAACCACACCCUCAUGAACCAGACAAAACCAUUUUGACACAAGAAGCAAUAAUAUCUGUAAAAGGCGUCAGUCUCAGCAGUUACCUAGAAGGGCUAAUGGCAAACACAAUUUCCUCCAAUGCUAAUAAAGGCCGUGAAGCAUUGGAAUGGGUAAUUAAUAGAUUGAAUGCUGAAAUUGAAGAAUUCACAGCUUCAGCAAGAGGAACCAUGAGGAAUUCAAUGGCGGCAGCAGCAUUUGUAGAGAAAUGAUAGUGAAUAUACCUGUAUUACUAACAAGGUUUAACAAUCCAAAGCUAAACACAGGUAUUCUUUGUUAUUUAAAGGCCUACCUGUGUAUUGGGCAUGUUUCAAAUUUAAUUUGGAGAAAAGCUGAAUUCUUACUAAUGAGGCUGAUGCACAAAGCCUAGUUAACAUAUUGGUUCAGCUGGACCGAAUUUGGGUUACAGAUGAAGAAAUAAUUUUCAAGCAUAGUUCCGGUAUUUACAUGAACACUAACUAAACGUUUUCAGAUCUGAAGCAGCCUCAUUUAGUGACGACGUGCAUAUGGUGGAGGAGACUGGGAUGUUAGGUUAACUUCUGUGGAAUUUUGUGUGUGUGUGUGUGUGACUUAUGGACUACCUCUUUGGGGACCAAGCCCAAAUUAAUGGUUUGUUCCAGCAUUAUUCUGUUUAUUAAUGUUUGAUAGUUGUAUAAUACAACUCGGUUUAAUAGACAGUUUAUUACUUGAUGCUUGAAAUACAAAAGAAUGUACAAAAUAUUUUUUGAUACGCUUUUUAACUUGUUUGGUUGAGCUAACAUAGUACUCAGAUUGUUCUUCAGUCAAUAGAGGUAAAAUAUACCAAGUGUCUACUAAGACCUAAAUUCUAUUCCUCAAUGCAACAUUAAUGAGCUGGGUGUGCAGUAAUUUAAAAUAAAAUUUUAUCCUAGAGUAAGUAUCUCUAUUUCUAAAAGCUCAUGAAAUAAAGGGGUACAAUAAGCCUUAAAAUCUUGCAAGCUACUAGGGCAUCUAAGAAUAGUAGGUGUUCACUUCAAAAUUUCAAAGAACCACUUAAAGGACUAAAAAAACCUUUGUGAAGUCAACUAAAGAGAUACCUAAACAUAGAGGAAGUGAUACUAAAAAAUUUUAACAAUACACUGAUUAACUUGAUCAUGCUCCAAAAAUAAUGUUAUGUCAACUGAAUCACGUUGUCCUUUAAAUUAAACAUAGUGUUCUAGAUUCCAGAAGUUCCUUAACCUUUUACUAAUUUGCUCACAAUACAAGGCUCUUUAAAUGGAAGCCUUGAGAAUAGGAAGUUUUCUACAGUUGGUUUUUGUUUCUCAGUACUCACUGUAGAUUCUUGGUACUGUCCCAGUCACUAGCUGUGGGGAGUUAAAGGUCAGACCUUGACAUCCUUCCCUACAUAGUAUACCAACCUGCUGGCAGUGACUUCAGCAGAGGUUGGCUGUCCCAUGAGGCUCCUUCAGUGUGAAGGAAAAAUAGAAAGACACAGCCCUGAAUUAACUGAUGCUUCUGUUUUGCUGUCAAGAGGCUUUUCCUGGACUUUUUAUUCUAAGCUUACAAGUAAUUCCAAGACUCUCUCUUAGCCUUUAUGCACUGUACUCUCACCUAUCCAAGCACAAGUUGCAUGCCAUUUCUGCUUUAUCAGAAUUGCCUAUUGCAUAGUGGUGUCUGCUAUAUAGAGAAACAGGGCUUACCUUAAGUACGAAACACAUGGAUACAGAAUCUUCUGCAAGAUCUGUGUAGGGGAAAAACAGGUGUAUAUAUACCUCUAUAUACAGGUAUAUAACUUCUAAAAAUUUAACUAGUCUAAAUAUUUUUCUGAAAAGAAAUUGAGACUACUUUAAUGUUUAAAUCACUGAGGUUUGCCAUGCUUUUUACAGGAUGUUAUUACAACUGAAAUAGCAUUUUAAUUUAAAAAGUGUAUGUGAAACUUAUGCAAAAAGGUUACCAUUGUUUCUGAUAAAAAUGCAAGCUUGAAACUGAUUUUAACUGUUUAAUCAUUAGCAUCACUUGGCAUUUUAAAGCUGAUUUUUUUUUUCUUUUCCUAUUUUUUCUGCACUAAGGACUCUAUAGUAUGAACUCACAGUUUGCCCUUGCACUGAAAAUAACUUUGUUUGCAAGCAUUCAACAAUUUAUUUUGAAAGAUCAUUAUUCUUUGUUCUAUUUUAUUUAUAUGCCUGCAUUCUCAUUCUGUCAAGAAGUAUGACAUUCUGUAUGUGGUGCUUUUAAAAUAAAAUGUUAUCUGAGUUCUGGCUAGUUCCUGUAA